UUUUGACAAAACAAAUCAACACAUGUGGAGGAACGCGCCUUCGCUUGGGGCCCUCUGACCGUCAAUUAUUGGCGAUUGUUGCAUACGCAGAACUCGUCUUAUCGCUCGCGCACACUUAAAACCAUCGUCAACAGAGCUACGUAGGACAUUGACGUAAUAACGUUUUAGCUGAUCGCUUCGUAACAAUUGAUACUUAAGUCGCAUUUUCCUACGUACAAUUAUCAAAUAGUACCUAAAUAUGUCCCUGAUGACCACGGUACGACUGAUGGCUCGGAUGAGCACCCGACAGCAGCUUCCGGCCAAGUACAUGGCAACACGAUUGGUUCACAGCGAAACGGAGAACUCUACUGCUAAUGGUUGCGAGCUUGCAAAAUUUCCAGGUGCGCAAGCGGCUUACAUUGGAAAGCCGGUAAUGGCACUACCGGGAAACACCGAAACUCUUCCAAUCUAUCGAGCAAUGAAUGUUGAUGGUGUGUUUGAUGAUCCCUCACAGGAUCCUAACCUGAGUCGUGAAGUAGUUCAGAAGAUGUUCCGAGAUAUGGUGUUGUUGAACACGAUGGAUAAGAUUCUCUACGAAUCGCAGCGCCAAGGAAGGAUUUCAUUUUACAUGACUAACUUUGGUGAAGAGGCUAGCCACAUCGGUAGUGCUGCAGCCUUGAGCCCUGAUGAUUGGGUGUACGGGCAAUACCGAGAAGCAGGAGUGCUGGUAUGGCGUGGCUACACGAUUUCUGAUUUUGUGAACCAGUGCUAUGGUAACCGCGAGGAUGAAGGCAAAGGUCGCCAGAUGCCGGUCCAUUACGGGUCUAAGAAGUUAAAUUUUGUUACAAUCUCGUCCCCUCUGGGAACUCAGAUCCCUCAGGCGGUUGGUGCGGCCUACGCCUUCAAACUACAACCCAACAACGAUCGAUGUGUAAUCACCUACUUCGGAGAAGGUGCAGCAUCGGAAGGAGAUGCCCAUGCUGCUUUCAAUUUCGCAGCUACGUUAGAAUGUCCGGUGAUUUUCUUUUGCCGUAACAACGGGUUCGCCAUUUCGACUCCUUCAACGGAACAAUACCGAGGGGACGGUAUCGCCGGACGUGCCGCCGGUUACGGCAUUGCAGCACUGCGUUUCGAUGGAACUGAUACGUUUGCGGUCUACAACGCCACGAAGCAAGCCCGAGAGUACGUUCUGAAGCAUAACAAACCGAUCGUAUUGGAAGCUAUGCAGUACCGUAUUGGGCAUCAUUCAACAUCGGACGAUAGUACGGCUUACCGGUCGGUGGAGGAUCUUGAAAUUUGGAACACGGUUGAGCAUCCAAUCACGAAAUUGAAGAACUACAUGAAGCAACGCAAUUGGUUCAACGAGGAAGAGGAGGAGAAGCAUGUCAAAGCGAUUCGUAAACAGGUGCUAGCCCAGAUCAACCAGUCGGAGAAGAUUCCGAAACCGGACUGGCGCGAAAUGUUCCAGGAUGUGUAUCAUGAAAUGCCGACGCACUUGAAAGAGCAGAUGAAACAGAUGGAGGAACAUGUGGAGAAGUUCAAGGAACACUAUCCGUUGAAGGAUUUUAAAAACUGAUGCUGAUACUCGAGAUAACAUACUGCUAUGGAGAUCCCUUGGUUGAGCUUAAACAAAAUCAAUCAGUACGGUACCAUAGGGUGAAAGGAAAAGCAGUGGAAACAUGGCCCGGGGGGCAGUGAAUAAAGUGCAUUUAUUAAUUUGUAGUUUGCUAUGAUUCUCAAGAUUUUUUGUCUUCCUGGAUACAGACAGUCAUUGGCGCAACGCUAUUAGUUCAAUUCAUACAAUAAGCGUACAAUAAAUUUGUAUAUUUUUACAAAAA